AUGGAGCAGCCCAUGCUGAAAGCCAGAUCGCCAGUGGGUCAGAUGUGUUCGGUGGUGGCCCCCGCCUCGGCCAAGCAGCCUUCCUCCGCCAGCUCUCCCUCUACAUCCAACACCAUUGGCCCCAAGGAGGUGAGAGACAGAGGAUGCGUCCCAAAUGGUACCCUAUUCCCUAUAUAGUGCCCAUAGGGAUCUGGGGCUCAUAGAGCUCCGAUCAAAAGUAUAUAUGGAUUCGGGCGCCAUUUGGGAUGAAGUCAGAUAAAUUGUCCUUUGUUCCUGUGUGGUUCAGCAAUACCAAGAUCAUGGGUUUGAUUCCUGCUGGGGCCAGUUGUUUUGGAUAAAAUUGUCAAUAUCAGUGUUUCCCAGUCCUGAUCCUGGGGACCCGAAGGGGUGGACAUUUUAGUUGUUGCCCUAGAACCAACAAAUUUGAUUUAACUGAUGACCUCUUCAUCAAGCCUUUAGUUGAAUCAGGUAUGUUACUUAUAUGUUACCCCUUUGGGUCCCCAGGACCAGGAUUGGGAAACACUGGUCUAAAUUACUUGAAUUAUUAUAUAUUAAGUUAAUUAACUUCCAGAAUUGACUGGGUUCAAUUCACAGUGACAUAGCUACAUUACAUACAGUAUAUUCUGAUAUAUUAGGUGGAGCUGAUUCUGGUGAAGGAGCACAACGGGGUCCAGUUUACCACCUCCACCUUGGUCAGCCCUGCUGGUCACCCCCACGGCCAUGGCCAUGCUCUGGGCCCCAGCCACGGACACACCCCUGUCCCUGGAGAAGAGAGGGAGACCUGGGGGAAGAAGAUCGACUUUCUCCUGUCGGUGAUAGGGUUCGCUGUGGACCUGGCCAACGUGUGGAGGUUCCCCUAUCUCUGCUAUAAGAAUGGAGGAGGUGAGAAGGAGGGAGGAAGGGUGUGGGGGAGGGAGGAAGGUGCCAGAGAGGGAGGGAGAAAAGGUGGGAAAGAGGGAGAGAGAAACAAAGAGAGAGAGAAAGAGAGAGAGACGAGAGAGACAAAGAGGGAGAGAGAGAGAGCGCGAGAGAGAGACAGAGAGAGAGAGAGACAAAGAGAGAUAGAUAGAGACAGAGACAGAGAGAGAGAGAGAGAGAGACAAAGAGAGAGCGAGAGAGAGAGAAAGAGAGAGACAAAGAGAGAGAGAUAAAAAGGAAGGAAGAGAGUGAAAUGAAGAGAGAGAAUGAUGAAGCCUUAUCUAUGUGUGUUUGAGCAGGCGGUAGGUAUGGGGUGAGUGUGAGGCCUUACCCUUUAAAGAUAAAAGAGAUCUCCCCAGCUGAUCAAACUGCUGAUUAUCUACAAAAAUUAGGAACACCUAUUAUGGUUGUUUAACAUAGAAUGUUAAUUGAGUUAAAGGGAUGGUGAAAUAACAUUAUAGCAUUUUAUUAUUUACCAGGAUGCCGGUCAAUUCAAUUUCAAUUCAAUUUCAUCAUGCAUGCUUAUGAAUGUGCUAUGUAUUGUAAUGAAUGUUUAAUGAAGCCCUUAUGUAGGUUCCCUUCAAAUAAGGUGUCACUGCCGGUAUUGUCAUGUAAUGUCAUGUACUCUCAGUCUCAACAAGAUCAGAUUUGGAAGGAUGGCCGCGCAAGACUAUGUCAUGUAAUCCUGUCCUAUCUCUCUGCCUUCAAAAGGAGCGUUCCUGGUGCCUUACCUGUUCCUAUGAACGCUCUAAGUAUGGUUAUGACUGUGUUAUGAAGUCCUUAUGUAGCCCUUAUAUCUCUGUGCCCUUAUAGGAGCAUUCCUGGUGCCCUACCAGUUCGUCAUGCAGAUAGCAGGCAUGCUUAUGAAUUGCUUAUGUAUAGGUUAUGACUGUGUUAUAAAGCCAUUAUGUAGGUACUGUCCUGUCUCUCUCUGUCCUCUAUAUGAGUGUUCCUGGUGCCCUACCUGUUCUUCAUGGUGAUAGCGUUAUGGAUAGGCUAUGAAUGUGUUAUGAAGGCAUUAUGUAUGUACUAUGUCAUGUCAUCCUGUCCUGUGUCUCUCUGUCCCCUCUAGGAGCGUUACUGGUGCCCUACCUGUUCUUCAUGGUGAUAGCGUUAUGGAUAGGCUAUGAAUGUGUUAUGAAGGCAUUAUGUAUGUACUAUGUCAUGUCAUCCUGUCCUGUGUCUCUCUGUCCCCUCUAGGAGCGUUCCUGGUGCUCUACCUGUUCUUCAUGGUGAUAGCGUUAUGGAUAGGCUAUGAAUGUGUUAUGAAGGCAUUAUGUAUGUACUAUGUCAUGUCAUCCUGUCCUGUGUCUCUCUGUCCCCUCUAGGAGCGUUCCUGGUGCCCUACCUGUUCUUCAUGGUGAUGGAUAGGCUAUGAAUGUGUUAUGAAGGCAUUAUGUAUGGUUAUGAAUGUGCUAUGUAUGUGUUAUGAAUCUUAAUGUAGCCUUAUGUCUCUCCGUCCCCUCUAGGAGCGUUCCUGGUGCCCUACAUGUUCUUCAUGGUGAUAGCAGGCAUGCCUCUGUUCUACAUGGAACUGGCUCUGGGUCAGUACAACAGAGAGGGGGCUGCAGGCGUCUGGAAGAUCUGCCCCAUAUUCAAAGGUAGGAGAGAGAGAGUGUGUGUGUCUGUGUGUGCAUGCGUGCGUGUGCAUGUGUGUGUGUGUGUGUGUGUUAAGAUAACUACCAUUGUUUAUCCCCAAACAAUGCCACUCACAUGGAAGACUGAAAAUUGGCUUUUAGAGUCUCUCUGUCUUUGGUGAUAAACACAUUUUGGGCCAAUCUUCCUGUACUUUCCAACACAUCGAUAAACACUCCGGUGAGCGGAAACCAUAGAAUUAACAUGACAAGUGUCAAAAGAAGACUGUGACCUUCUCUGUCUUGUUCAAACCCCCCUCCCCCCCAUCAAAACCACGGUGCUGUGCUGCAGACAUUGCUCUGGACAUUGAUCUUCUGUUGUUGACCUGUCAGUAUUUAAUGUGUUUACUGGGUGUCUGGGGACAGCUGAGAGGUUUCAUAGUCUCUCCACUUAAAGGUUUCAGUGUAAUGUGAGGUAAAGUCCUUGUUUCAAUGUUGUUUGUGUUUUUUAUUGUGAAGCCAAGUUUGAAGGCAGCCUGUCUGUCUGACUGUCCGUUCACCCCCCUCUGUCUCUCCAUCCGUCCAUCCAUCUAUUCAUCCACCCACCCACCCACCCACUCAGCCAUCCAGCCAGCCACCCACCCACUCAGCCAUCCACCCACCCACCCACCCACUCAGCCAUCCAGCCAGCCACCCACCCACUCAGCCAUCCAGCCAGCCACCCACCCACUCAGCCAUCCAGCCAGCCACCCACCCACUCAGCCAUCCAGCCAGCCACCCACCCACUCAGCCAUCCAGCCAGCCACCCACCCACUCAGCCAUCCACCCACCCACCCACCCACUCAGCCAUCCAGCCACCCACCCACCCACUCAGCCAUCCAGCCAGCCACCCACCCACUCAGCCAUCCAGCCAGCCAUCCAUCCAUCUGUCCAUCCGUCCGUCCAGCCCCCUAGCUGAGACAGAGCGAAUAGCUGCUGUCACUCACCAGGGAAUCACUGUAAUUACAUCUGAUCACCAUAUUUGUUUCCUAACGAUCAAUGAUUUCAAAAGACUACAGGAUCACACGUGGUGCUAAUAAUUCUGCCUCAACAAAUAUCACUUCUCCUAGAUUAAAGAGCCAUGGAAAAGAGCCAGGACAUCAUAUGGCCAUCAGAAUGAAAGAGAUAGACACUUGUUAGUCCUAAAGGUCAGGAUGAAAGUGAACAGUAGAGCGUGGACACGGUGCUAAAGACACAGAAAUGGCAGAUCUGGGGAUAAAUAAAGCAUAGAGAGGAGACUGCAGAGGCAACCUUUAGAAAGUUUGGCUGUUAUUGUCUUUCAUUUUAAGCGCUCUUUAAAUUCUGUGUUAUCAAGUGUUCUGUCUAGUUUACUUCUGAAAGUGUUUAUGUAAACAUGUAAGAAUGUAGAGUGUUGAGGGUCAAAGAAGGUGAUAGGAAGGCUAGGGAGUACAUAGGAAGUUCACAGAUGGUUUUAUUUGAGGUAUCUAGGAGCAGAUUUGACCUUUGGCCUUUGUGAUACUUCCAGUUAAUAUCAAUUAUUUAUUGUGAUAUGUUGCCCUGUUUUGUGUUUUCUGUCUACCUCUGCUAUAGUCUGAGCCGGUAUUCUAAGCCAUUGUGUAACCCUAAGAAUGGACAAUAAAGUUUUGAACUUUGAUCUUGAACAAUAACCUUUCACCUCUCACCUUUUCCCCAGGUGUUGGUUUCACAGUGAUCCUGAUCAGUCUGUAUGUGGGCUUCUACUACAACGUGAUUAUAGCUUGGGCCCUGUUCUACCUGUUCUCUUCCUUCACCGGGGACCUGCCCUGGGUCCACUGCAACAACACCUGGAACAGCCCCAACUGCUCCGACCUCUGGGCCUUCAACAACUCCCUCAACGACACACACAAGUCCACCCCCGCAGCCGAGUACUUUGAGUGAGUCUGGAGUUUCGUCUCUAGAUCCUAACCUCUACUCCCUGCCCCCUAGCCAAACCUGCCUCUGAGUAUUAUGAGUGAGUUCCUACUCCCUAGCCUCUACUCCCUGCCCACUAGCCACCCCUGCCUCUGAGUACUAUGAGUGAGUUCCUACUCCCUAGCCCCUACUCCCUGCCCCCUAGCCACCCCUGCCUCUGAGUACUAUGAGUGAGUUCCAACUCCCUAGUCCCUACUCCCUGCACCCUAGCCAAACCUGCCUCUGAGUACUAUGAGUGAGUUCCUACUCCCUAGCCCCUACUCCCCCUAGCCACCCCUGCCACUGAGUACUAUGAGUGAGUUCCUACUCCCUUUACCCUACUCCCCCUAGCCACCCCUGCCUCUGAGUACUAUGAGUGAGUCUGAACAGAGACUGUUGACUUCUUUCUUAAAGUAUUUUUGGUCUGACAUGUCACGUAUGGGCACUUUGAGAGGGACUGGCUUCAUCUUUUUCUCUCUUUGGCAUUAAAUUAUACAUACAGUGGGGGAAAAAAGUAUUUAGUCAGCCACCAAUUGUGCAAGUUCUCCCACUUAAAAAGAUGAGAGAGGCCUGUAAUUUUCAUCAUAGGUACACAAAAACUAUGACAGACAAAAUUAGAUUUUUUUUCUCCAGUAAAUCAUAUUGUAGGAUUUUUUAUGAAUUUAUUUGCAAAUUAUGGUGGAAAAUAAGUAUUUGGUCAAUAACAAAAGUUUCUCAAUACUUUGUUAUAUACCUUUUGUUGGCAAUGACACAGGUCAAACAGUUUUCACACACUGUUGCUGGUAUUUUGGCCCAUUCCUCCAUGCAGAUCUCCUCCAGAGCAGUGAUGUUUUGGGGCUGUCGCUGGGCAACACGGACUUUCAACUCCCUCCAAAGAUUUUCUAUGGGGUUGAGAUCUGGAGACUGGCUAGGCCACUCCAGGACCUUGAAAUGCUUCUUACGAAGCCACUCCUUCGUUGCCCGGGCGGUGUGUUUGGGAUCAUUGUCAUGCUGAAAGACCCAGCCACGUUUCAUCUUCAAUGCCCUUGCUGAUGGAAGGAGGUUUUCACUAAAAAUCUCACGAUACAUGGCCCCAUUCAUUCUUUCCUUUACACGGAUCAGUCGUCCUGGUCCCUUUGCAGAAAAACAGCCCCAAAGCAUGAUGUUUCCACCCCCAUGCUUCACAGUAGGUAUGGUGUUCUUUGGAUGCAACUCGGCAUUCUUUGUCCUCCAAACACGACGAGUUGAGUUUUUACCAAAAAGUUAUAUUUUGGUUUCAUCUGACCAUAUGACAUUCUCCCAAUCCUCUUCUGGAUCAUCCAAAUGCACUUUAGCAAACUUCAGACGGGCCUGGACAUGUACUGGCUUAAGCAGGGGACACGUCUGCCACUGCAGGAUUUGAGUCCCUGGCGGCGUAGUGUGUUACUGAUGGUAGGCUUUGUUACUUUGGUCCCAGCUCUCUGCAGGUCAUUCACUAGGUCCCCCCGUGUGGUUCUGGGAUUUUUGCUCACCGUGAUCAUUUUGACCCCACGGGGUGAGAUCUUGCGUGGAGCCCCAGAUCGAGGGAGAUUAUCAGUGGUCUUGUAUGUCUUCCAUUUCCUAAUAAUUGCUCCCACAGUUGAUUUCUUCAAACCAAGCUGCUUACCUAUUGCAGAUUCAGUCUUCCCAGCCUGGUGCAGGUCUACAAUUUUGUUUCUGGUGUCCUUUGACAGCUCUUUGGUCUUGGCCAUAGUGAAGUUUGGAGUGUGACUGUUUGAGGUUGUGGACAGGUGUCUUUUAUACUGAUAACAAGUUCAAACAGGUGCCAUUAAUACAGGUAACGAGUGGAGGACAGAGGAGCCUCUUAAAGAAGAAGUUACAGGUCUGUGAGAGGCAGAAAUCUUGCUUGUUUGUAGGUGACCAAAUACUUAUUUUCCACCAUAAUUUGCAAAUAAAUUCAUAAAAAAUCCUACAAUGUGAUUUUCUGGAAAAAAAAAUCUCAAUUUGUCUGUCAUAGUUGACGUGUACCUAUGAUGAAAAUUACAGGCCUCUCUCAUCUUUUUAAGUGGGAGAACUUGCACAAUUGGUGGCUGACUAAAUACUUUUUUGCCCCACUGUACCUAAUCAAAACUUUAUUUGAAACCUGGACCCAGAAGACAUUAUGCCAGAGAGAGACAGAGGUUCACAUCCUGGUCUAUGUGUGUCCAUUUCUUCAUACUCCUUGUCGUCCAUGGAGAUACUGUAUCCAUACCUUCAUACUCCUUGUCGUCCAUGGAGAUAAUGUAUCCAUGUCUUCAUACUCCUGGUCGUCCAUGGAGAUACUGAAUCCAGUGUUCUUGAUAGAUUAACAGGUGUCUCAUAUGUUUUAGCAAAGGCGGUUUGUUUUGACAAUUCAGGCCUGUCAUGGACAGACAGGCAGUCACUAUCUUUAUCUCCACCUGGGAGCAAUUUAAAUCUAGUCUCAGUCAGGGCCAUUCAGUUGAUAGAAAGUUUUCUUCUUCUUCUUCUUCUUCUUCUUCUUCUUCUUCUUCUUCUUCUUCUUCUUCUUCUUCUUCUUUCUUUCUUUUCUUCUUCUUCUUCUUUCUUUCUCUUCUUCUUCUCUUUCUUCUUCUUCUUCUUCUUCUUCUUCUUCUUCUUCUUCUUCUUCUUCUUCUUCUUUCGUCAUUUUUAGUUGAUAUUUACUGCAGUGUUUCUCCACUUAGUGUGCUGUGUUGUUAGUUAUAGGUUGUUAAUUAGUUGUUGUGGUUAGUCAUUGGUAACAGUGUUGUUGUGUUAGUUAUAGGUUGUUAAUUAGCUGUUGUGGUUAGUCAUUGGUAACAGUGGUGUUGUGUUGUUAGUUAUAGGUUGUUAGUUGUUGUGGUUAGUCAUUGAUAACAGUGUUGCUAUGUUGUUAGUUAUAGGUUGUUAAUCAGUUGUUGUGGUUAGUCAUUGGUAGUGUGCUGUGUUGUUAGUUAUACGUUGUUAGUUGUUGUGGUUAGUCAUUGGUAACAGUGUUGUUGUGUUAGUUAUAGGUUGUUAAUUAGUUGAUGUGGUUAGUUAUUGGUAACAGUGUUGUUGUGUUGUUAGUUAUAGGUGGUUAAUUAGUUGUGGCUAGUCAUUGGUAACACUGUUGUGUGUGUUGUUAGUUAUAGGUUGUUAAUUAGUUGUUGUGGUUAGUCAUUGGUAACAGUGUUGUUAUGUUGUUAGUUAUAGGUUGUUAAUUAGUUGUUGUGGUUAGUCAUUGGUAACAGUGUUGCUGUGUUGUUAGUUAUAGGUUGUUAGUUAGUUGUUGUGGUUAGUCAUUGGUAACAGUGUUGCUGUGUUGUUAGUUAUAGGUUGCUAGUUAGUUGUUGUGGUUAGUCAUUGGUAACAGUGUUGCUGUGUUGUUAGUUAUAGGUUGUUAGUUAGUUGUUAAGGUUAAUCAUUGGUAACAGUGUUGCUGUGUUGUUAGUUAUAGGUUGUUAUUUAGUUGUUGUGGUUAGUCAUUGGUAACAGUGUUGCUGUGUUGUUAGUUAUACGUUGUUAGUUAGUUGUUGUGGUUAGUCAUUGGUAGUGUGUUGUGUUGUUAGUUAUAGGUUGUUAGUUAGUUGCUGUGGUUAGUCAUUGGUAGUGUGUUGUGUUGUUAGUUAUAGGUUGUUAAUUAGUUGUUGUGGUUAGUCAUUAGUAACAGUGUUGUUAUGUUGUUAGUUAUAGGUUGUUAAUUAGUUGUUGUGGUUAGUCAUUGGUAACAGUGUUGUUGUGUUUUUAGUUAUAGGUUGUUAAUUAGUUGUUGUGGUUAGUCAUUGGUAACAGUGUUGUUAUGUUAGUUGUAUGUUGUUAAAUAGUUGUUGUGGUUAGUCAUUGGUAACAGUGUUGCUGUGUUGUUAGUUAUAGGUUGUUAUUUAGUUGUUGUGGUUAGUCAUUGGUAACAGUGUUGCUGUGUUGUUAGUUAUAGGUUGCUAGUUAGUUGUUGUGGUUAGUCAUUGGUAACAGUGUUGUUGUGUUGUUAGUUAUAGGUUGCUAGUUAGUUGUUGUGGUUAGUCAUUGGUAACAGUGUUGUUGUGUUGUUAGUUAUAUGUUGUUAAUUAGUUGUUGUGGUUAGUCAUUGGUAACAGUGUUGUUAUGUUGUUUGUUAUAUGUUGUUAAUUAGUUGUUGUGGUUAGUCAUUGGUAACAGUGUUGCUGUGUUGUUAGUUAUAGGUUGUUAGUUAGUUGUUGUGGUUAGUCAUUGGUAACAGUGUUGCUGUGUUGUUAGUUAUAGGUUGCUAGUUAGUUGUUGUGGUUAGUCAUUGGUAACAGUGUUGUUGUGUUGUUAGUUAUAGGUUGUUAAUUAGUUGUUGUGGUUAGUCAUUGGUAACAGUGUUGUUGUGUUGUUAGUUAUAGGUUGUUAAUUAGUUGUUGUGGUUAGUCAUUGGUAACAGUGUUGUUGUGUUGUUAGUUAUAGGUUGUUAAUUAGUUGUUGUGGUUAGUCAUUGGUAACAGUGUUGCUGUGUUGUUAGUUAUAGGUUGCUAGUUAGUUGUUGUGUUUAGUCAUUGGUAACAGUGUUAUUGUGUUGUUAGUUAUAGGUUGUUAAUUAGUUGUUGUGGUUAGUCAUUGGUAACAGUGUUGUUGUGUUGUUAGUUAUAGGUUGUUAAUUAGUUGUUGUGGGUUAGUCAUUGGUAACAGUGUUGCUGUGUUGUUAGUUAUAGGUUGCUAGUUAGUUGUUGUGGUUAGUCAUUGGUAACAGUGUUAUUGUGUUGUUAGUUAUAGGUUGUUAAUUAGUUGUUGUGGUUAGUCAUUGGUAACAGUGUUGCUGUGUUGUUAGUUAUAUGUUGUUAAUUAGUUGUUGUGGUUAGUCAUUGGUAACAGUGUCGCUGUGUUGUUAGUUAUAGGUUGUUAGUUAGUUGUUGUGGUUAGUCAUUGGUAACAGUGUUGUUGUGUUGUUAGUCAUAGGUUGUUAGUUAGUUGUUAAGGUUAAUCAUUGGUAACAGUGUUAUUGUGUUGUUAGUUAGUCAAUUAGUUGUUGGUUAGUUGGUAACAGUGUUGCUGUGUUUGUUAGUUUUAGGUUUGUUAAUUAGUUGUUGUAGUUAGUCAUUGGUACAGUGUUGCUGUGUUGUUAGUUCUAGGUUACUAGUUAGUUGUUGUGGUUAGUUUAUUGGUAACAGUGUUGUUGUGUUGUUAGUUUAUAGGUUGUUAAUUAGUUGUUGUGGUUAGUCCAUGGUACCAGUGUUGUUGUGUUGUUAGUUAUAGGUUUGUUAGUUAGUUGUUGUGGGUUAGUCCAUUGGUAACAGUGUUUGUUAUGUUGUUAGUCAUAGGUUGUUAGUUAGUUGUUGUGGUUAGUCAUUGGUAACAGUGUUGUUGUGUUGUUAGUCAUAGGUUGUUAGUUAGUUGUUAAGGUUAAUCAUUGGUAACAGUGUUAUUGUGUUGUUAGUUAUAGGUUGUUAAUUAGUUGUGUGGUUAGUCAUUGGUAACAGUGUUGCUGUGUUGUUAGUUUUAGGUUGUUAAUUAGUUGUUGUAGUUAGUCAUUGGUAACAGUGUUGCUGUGUUGUUAGUUAUAGGUUGAUCAUUAGUUGUUGUGGUUAGUCAUAGGUAACAGUGUUGAUGUGUUGUUAGUUAUAGGUUGUUAAUUAGUUGUUGUGGUUAGCUAUUGGUAACAGUGUUGUUGUGUUGGUCCAGGAGUGGGGUGCUCCACCUGCAGGACAGUGAGGGUAUAUCUGACCUGGGUCUGUUAGUUAGCUAGAUGUUUGUUGGUUAGUUGUUACAACCUGUUAUAACUGUUAUGUUCCAGGCGUGGGGUGCUCCACCUGCAGGACAGUGAGGGUAUAGCUGACCUGGGUCUGCCUCGUUGGCAGCUGACGUCCUGUCUAGCUGUGGUCAUCGUGGUUCUCUACUUCAGCCUCUGGAAGGGGGUCAAGACCUCAGGGAAGGUAGGUGGUCCUCUGAAUCUGUAGUGGCUCCAUAUCAACAUCUUUUAAGGGUACAUAAAUCUACCUCUGUGCUAAAUGUAGUACUUUUAUCUAAAAAUAGUGUGUUUUUAGAUUGUGUUACCGUUGACUGACAUUUUGUAAGAUGGCUGCCACGGUCCCCAGCGUCCAAAUCGCUGAUGGCUCCAUAUGUAACUGUUUCAGGGUACAUAAAUGUACUUAUGUUUUUAAAAAAUGUAGUGAUCUAUUUUUUACUUAAGACUUAUUUUUCUUAAAACUGCAUUGUUGGUUAAGGGCUUGUAAGUACACUUUUCACUGUAAGGUCUACACCUGUUGUAUUCGGCGCAUUUGACAAAUACAAUUUGAUUUGAUUUGAUUUUAUCAUAAAAUGUGCAAUUGUUACGGAUAUUAAAGCUUAGUCACCCCACUAUAGAGGAGGAUGUCCAGGUGAAGUCAGCUCAGAUCUGGCCUGGCCCUGUGAGCAGAACAGAACACCAGAUCAGGGCCACUGAGUCCAUGGCUGCAUCCCAAAUGGCACCCUAUUCCCUGUGUGGUGCACUACUUUUGACUUUUGCCUUAAGCUCUAUGAGCAGGGUAUUAAGUCCCUGCCUUUAGCUCUAUGAGCAGGAUAUUAAGUCCUGGCCUUUAGCUCUAUGAGCAGGGUAUUAAGUCCUGUCCUUAAGCUCUAUGAGCAGGGUAUUAAGUCCUGGCCUUUAGCUCUAUGAGCAGGGUAUUAAGUCCUUGCCUUAAGCUCUAUGAGCAGGGUAUUAAGUCAUGGCCUUUAGCUCUAUGAGCAGGGUAUUAAGUCCUGGCCUUUAGCUCUAUGAGCAGGGUAUUAAGUCCUGGCCUUUAGCUCUAUGAGCAGGGUAUUAAGUCCUGGCCUUAAGCUCUAUGAGCAGGGUAUUAAGUCAUUUAGCUCUAUGAGCAGGGUAUUAAGUCCUGGCCUUUAGCUCUAUGAGCAGGGUAUUACGUCCUGGCCUUUAGCUCUAUGAGCAGGCUAUUAGGUCUUGGCCUUUAGCUCUAUGAGCAGGGUAUUACGUCCUGGCCUUUAGCUCUAUGAGCAGGGUAUUAAGUCCUGGCCUUUAGCUCUAUGAGCAGGGUAUUAAGUCCUGGCCUUAAGCUCUAUGAGCAGGGUAUUAAGUCAUGGCCUUUAGCUCUAUGAGCAGGGUAUUAAGUCCUGGCCUUUAGCUCUAUGAGCAGGGUAUUAAGUCCUGGCCUUUAGCUCUAUGAGCAGGGUAUUAAGUCCUGGCCUUAAGCUCUAUGAGCAGGGUAUUAAGUCAUUUAGCUCUAUGAGCAGGGUAUUAAGUCCUGGCCUUUAGCUCUAUGAGCAGGGUAUUACGUCCUGGCCUUUAGCUCUAUGAGCAGGCUAUUAGGUCCUGGCCUUUAGCUCUAUGAGCAGGGUAUUACGUCCUGGCCUUUAGCUCUAUGAGCAGGGUAUUAAGUCCUGGCCUUUAGCUCUAUGAGCAGGGUAUUAAGUCCUGGCCUUUAGCUCUAUGAGCAGAUUGUUGAGUCCAUGUGUAUAGAACAGAACAGAGUGGGCCAGGUUGUUGAGUCCAUGUGUAUAGAACAGAACAGAACAGAACAGAGUGGGCCAGGUUGCUGCAUCCAUGUCUAUAGAACAGAACAGAGUGGGCCUGGUUGCUGAGUCCAUGUGUCCCUGUGCAGGUUGUGUGGAUCACAGCCACCAUGCCCUACGUGGUCCUGACUGUCCUGCUGCUGCGUGGUGUCACCCUCCCUGGAGCCAUGGAUGGCAUUAAGGCCUACCUCAGCGUUGACUUCCGACGACUCUGUGAGCCUCAGGUGAGAGAGAGAGAGAGAGAGAGAGAGAGAGAGAGAGAGAGAGAGAGAGAGAGAGAGAGAGAGAGAGAGAGAGAGAGAGAGAGAGAGAGAGAGAGAUUAGAGAGAGAGAGAGAGAGAGAGGAGAGAGAGAGAGAGAGAGAGAGAGCAUCUCUAGAGCGAGAGAGAAAGAUCUCGGCGAGAGAGGACAUCGAGAUCAGAUAGGCGCCUAGAGGCUACGCGAUCAGCCUAUUAGAUCGCUAAGAGGAAUUCCAGGUGAUAAAAGUCUGUUUCCUUACAGAGUUUCACAGACACACUAGUAUUACAGCGCUGGUCCAGUCCUUGGCUCUCAUGAGGUUGGAGACACUCUCCACCAGCUGAGGCACCUUUCUGUUUUGUGUGUGUGAGAGAGAGAGUUGCUGAUGUUUAUUUCUGUAUUUUAAUGCCACAGGUAUUAUUUUAGUGCAUGAAAAUAAAGGUUAGAAAAAAUAUUUAAUAUUUCAGUAUCCUUGAAAUCCCAACUGAUGAAAUGUAUAUCUGAAUAAUUUGCCUUAAUAAGGGCGCUGUAAGAAUCUCCAGCUGUUUCCCUUCCAGUAGCAGCUCACCACAAGGACUCAAAGCAGCAAUUUGAGAAUUAGAUUAGACACAUGCAUGCAGCAACAAUUUGCUAAAUUACCCCGUAUUCACAAGUGUCUUUCAUCUUUCUGUUGAAUGAGUUUCCUGCAAUUAUCUCUAAUAACAGCUUUUUCUCUGUCUUUUGUCCUCUGUCCCCCGGCUGUUUGUUGUGUAGGUCUGGAUAGAUGCUGCCACUCAGAUCUGCUUCUCUUUGGGAGUGGGGUUUGGUGUGCUAAUAGCCUUCUCCAGCUAUAACAAAUUCAGCAACAACUGCUAUAGGUAAGCUAGAAGCCGAGAACAACCGGAGUGCGUCCCAAAAGGCACCUUAUUCACUAUAUAGUGCACUACUACGACUAGGAACCAUAGGGCUCUGGUUGAAAGUAGUGCACUAUAUAGGGAAUAGGGUGCCAUUUUGUAUGCAGCCUCGGUGUUGAUAGUCUCUAAUAGAGAGGCUGAUAGAGCGUACAAGCUGCUGCUGAGCUGGUGAAUUACAAUACCUUUGAAGCCCCUUACCUACCGCCCAUGUCUUUCACACCAGUCUGUUCCAUAGAGGAUAGUAAUACCUACCGCCCAUGUCUUUCACACCAGUCUGUGUUCUGGUGUAUGACACUAAUAUUGACAUGAAUCAGCAGACAUUGGAUCUUUGAUCUUAAACAGAUGCUCCCUGUCUGUUCUGGAUCUACCAGAUAUAAGAAUAUGUUCUUGUCAUCUGCUCUCUCUCUUCCAGAGAUGCCAUCAUCACCAGCUCCAUCAACUCUCUGACAAGCUUCUUCUCUGGCUUCGUCAUCUUCUCCUUCCUGGGGUACAUGUCCCAUAAACACAGUGUACCACUCGACAAGGUGGCCACAGACGGUCAGUAUUCUUAAUACUCUGGACAAUGUGGCCACAGACGUUCAGUAUUCUUAAUGCUCUGGACAAGGUAGCCACAUACGGUCAGUAUUCUUAAUACUCUGGACAAUGUGGCCACAGACGUUCAGUAUUCUUAAUGCUCUGGACAAGGUGACCACAGAUGUUCAGUAUUCUUAAUGCUCUGGACAUGGUGACCACAGACGGUCAGUAUUCUUAAUGCUCUGGACAUGGUGGCCACAGACGGUCAGUAUUCUUAAUGCUCUGGACAAGGUGACCACAGAUGUUCAGUAUUCUUAAUGCUCUGGACAAAGUGACCACAUAUGUUCAGUAUUAUUAAUGCUCUCGACAAGGUGACCACAGACGGUCAGUAUUCUUAAUGCUCUGGACAAGGUGACCACAGACUGUCAGUAUUCUUAAUGCUCUGGACAAGGUGGCCACAGAUGUUCAGUAUUCUUAAUGCUCUGGACAAGGUGGCCACAGAUGUUCAGUAUUCUUAAUGCUCUGGACAAGGUGGCCACAGAUGUUUAGUAUUCUUAAUGCACUGGACAAGGUGGCCACAGAUGGUCAGUAUUCUUAAUGCUCUGGACAAGGUGACCACAGACGUUCAGUAUUCUUAAUGCUCUGGACAAGGUGACCACAGACGGUCAGUAUUCUUAAUGCUCUGGACAAGGUGGCCACAGAUGUUCAGUAUUCUUAAUGCUCUGGACAAGGUGGCCACAGAUGUUCAGUAUUCUUAAUGCUCUGGACAAGGUGGCCACAGAUGUUCAGUAUUCUUAAUGCUCUGGACAAGGUGGCCACAGAUGUUCAGUAUUCUUAAUGCUCUGGACAAGGUGGCCACAGAUGUUCAGUAUUCUUAAUGCUCUGGACAAGGUGGCCACAGAUGUUCAGUAUUCUUAAUGCUCUGGACAAGGUGGCCACAGAUGUUCAGUAUUCUUAAUGCUCUGGACAAGGUGGCCACAGAUGGUCAGUAUUCUUAAUGCUCUGGACAAGGUGGCCACAGAUGUUCAGUAUUCUUAAUGCUCUGGACAAGGUGACCACAGAUGUUCAGUAUUCUUAAUGCUCUGGACAAGUUGACCACAGAUGGUCAGUAUUCUUAAUGCUCUGGAUACUUUUCUCAGAUAAUGAUGGAGACCUGAAAUGAUUGUUUUGUUCUUUAUAAAAAUAGCUAGAUUUUUUAGCUAUUCAUUAUUUGGGUGUGGGAUCUAUAAAUUGCUGUCAUGUCCACUUGUCUUUCUGACAUGCAAUAUUAAUUGCUGUAUAUCUACUGCAAAAUACCCAUGUUUAGCUGCACUGGACUUGGUGUCAGGGCUGAUUGGAAAUCUAUAUGUAUUUAUCAGCACAAAUUCAUAAUGUGGUCUAUAUUGUCACCAUUGUUGAUUGCUGAUUAAACAAAUGUUUGAUUUGCUGCCUUCAUCAGACAAGUCUCCCACACAAAAGAGAUCUCAGUGUAAUCUACCUGUUUGAUUAACACUAGAUAACUAAAUCAUUAAUCUGUGUUGUUGUGUCCCAUCCAGGUCCUGGUCUGGUGUUCAUCAUCUACCCAGAGGCCAUAGCUACAUUACCAGGCUCCUCAGUCUGGGCAGUUAUCUUCUUCAUCAUGUUGCUGACCCUGGGCAUCGACAGUGCUGUAAGUACACCCCUCACCAUUAUAGAAUAACCUAGGAACUGAUGAACUACCAGUUUCUGAGGUGCAAGCGUGCUAUAGGCUAGCAGUGACAAACCCUACUCCUGGGGAGCUAAUAGGUGUGCAGGCUUUUGGCCCGACCCAGCAGGAUUAGGAUUGGCUGCACCUGCUAUAGGUAAAGUGCAGGGACCAAGUUCAGCUAAAUGAUGGUGUUCUAUGUUCUGUGUUCUGUGUUUGGUCUCUAGAUGGGAGGGAUGGAGUCAGUGAUCACAGGAUUGAUGGAUGAGUUCAAGUUUCUCCACAAACACCGGGAACUCUUCACCCUCUUCAUCGUUGUGUCCACCUUCCUCAUCUCACUGUUCUGUGUCACUAACGUAAGUGGACGAAGAAGAUGUGGAAAAUAUAUGUAAAGUUAUUUUUCAAGCAUCUAAGGAACUUGCAUGAAUGACACAUCAAAGUACAGGGCUAAUAUAAUGGACAUCAAAUGGAACCUCUCCUCUCCUCUCCUCUCCUCUCCUCUCCUCUCCUCUCCUCUCCUCUCCUCUCCUCUCCUCUCCUCUCCUCUCCUCUCCUCUCCUCUCCUCUCCUCUCCUCUCCUCUCCUCUCCUCUCCUCUCCUCUCCUCUCCUCUCCAGGGUGGUAUCUAUGUGUUCACUCUGCUGGACCAUUUUGCUGCUGGGACAUCGAUUCUCUUUGGAGUGCUUAUUGAGGCCAUCGGAAUCGCCUGGUUCUACGGUAAGGAGGGGGGAGGAGGGGAGAGGAGGAUGGGAGGAGCAGGGGAAGGGGAGAGGAGAGGGAGGAGGGAGGAGGAGCGGGAGGAGGGGGACUCCUUCCUGAUUCUAUAGAAGAAGAGGGGUAAGGAGGAGGUGGGAUGGGGGGGGGGGACUCCUAUCUGAUUCUACAGAAGAAGAGGGGUAAGGAGGAGGUGGGAUGGGGGUGGUGACUCCUUUCUGAUUCUACAGAAGAAGAGGGGUAAGGAGGAGGUGGGAUGGGGGGGGGGGACUCCUUUCUGAUUCUACAGAAGAAGAGGGGUAAGGAGGAGGUGAGAUGGGGGGGGACUCCUAUCUGGUUCUACAGAAGAAGAGGGGUAAGGAGGAGGUGGGAUGGGGGGGUGACUCCUUUCUGGUUCUACAGAAUAAGAGGGGUAAGGAGGAGGUGGGAUGGGUGGGGGGGGACUCCUAUCUGGUUCUACAGAAGAAGAGGGGUAAGGAGGAGGUGGGAUGGGGGGGGGGGACUCCUAUCUGGUUCUACAGAAGAAGAGGAGGGAGGAGUAAGGAGGGAGGAGGAGGAGGUGAGGAGGGGGGACUCUUAGCUCUUCAUGGCCAGCCAAGCUGAUGCCACAUUAGGCCAGUGAUUGGGUCUGAUGGGAUAUCAGGCUGGAUAUUCCUCUGCUGUGCCGCCAUGCAACACUAUCUCAUUAGCUUUCAGAGGACAGGAAGGUAAAAAGCCUGUUUCUGGUGUGUUUCUGCCACUCAGAGUGUGUGGUCCAUAUUACUAUUUAGUGUUUAGGUGUUUGGAGUGGACAGAGACAUAGACAGAUCAGAUCCAAAUAAUAGUAUAUUGAUAUUGAAUAUCUGAGGUCAAUGAUAAAACACACAUCCCAGCCUGUGGUGUAAAGAUUGACGUUUUGGUCUAUUGUGGUUCUGAUGAUACUUGGAUGGCAGCAAAGGGAUAGUUCACCAAAAUUACAAAAUUACAUCCUGGUUUCCUAACCCUGUAAGCAGUCUAUGGAUAAGGUAUGACAGCAAUCCAUACUUUGGUUUUAUUUCCCUGGCACUGUUUCCAAAUGCUAACAUUUUAGCAUUUGUGUCCCAAAUCCCAUUCAAGUUAUGGUAUCGAUAUUAGCAUUUUUCGAGCAUCAUUUUCAAAUCAUCCGAAAGUAUCUCAAAUUGAUUGUGGAGCCCAACAAAGUCACUUAUAAGAUAGGUUUCCAUCCAAUUGACGACAGAUUUUCAUGAGAAUAUAAAAAAAUCGCAUAAAUCCGCAUAAAAACAAUAUGCUAAUUUCCCCACCAGAGAUGUGUUUACAUCAAAUUGACUUGUUGCUGAUUGAAGGCUGUGCGUGAUGAUAUAAUGCAAAUUAAAAUAACUUUUGCUGUUAAAUUCCCAUGUACUUAAAAAAUAAAAGUAUGCUAAAUGAAUUUCCAUCACAUUUUCAACUCUGCUGAUGGUUUUGUCACAACAAAUGUUGCGUUAUAUGUGCCCACUCUGGUCUUGGCACGUGUGCUCUAGCCAACAGCUCGCAGAUACAGUGCGGGUAGGCUACCUUCUGAGAUAAUUAUGGAUAAGAGCAAGAUUUUUAUUUGUCAAACGGUAGCCAAGCUUGUCACCAGAAUAAGACCCUCAAUGUUUAUUGGAAAGGAGCAUCAAGCUUAAGUCUUUUCUUUACAAUUCUUGAGCGCUACACUACAGUAUGAGCAACUUGCUUUGCUCAGAUAACAUUGAAGUUAUCUGAAACCUCAUAAUACAGUAAUGUCUCCAAAGUGAGUUCAGGUUAGAAAAUAACGUCUCCAAAGUGAGUUCAGGUUAGAAAAUAACGUCUCCAAAGCUCACUUCUGGUUCAGAGUUCUAGUCUGAUCUACUGUACUGCUGGUCAGAUCAAUAUUGGGGUCCAGACAGUGUUGUGUGUGUGUGUGUUCAUUCAUGCGUGUGUUUGUGUAUGUCUAACCAGCCUUGUGGCUCUGGGGUCAGUGUGGUCAGCUUGCUGCCCUGUCAUGUUGGCCUCAGCCUGGGAGGACAGACUACUUUAGCCCCAGGCUUCUCCGGGCCUUUUCCCUGGCUCCAUCUCUACUGACAGGUGGCUGUGGCCCCUGUGCCCUCCACAGGAACACCAGCCUGCCCUCCACAGGAACACCAGCCUGCUCUCCAUAGGCGCCAGUCACAUUGGGAUUCUGCCUGGGCUUUGAGUAGUACCUCCCAGGCAGGGAACAAAGAGAGACGGUGGAGCGAGGAGAAGCAUCAAUGAGGAAAGGGAUUUGAUGCUGGUGGUAUUAAACACGCUACCAGAAUGUUAUAUCCUUGUAUUUCAAAUGUACUGUAGUUUCCUCAAAAUGAGGAGACCUAUGAGAGAAUGCAAAGUAACGCAACAUUGUUGCCGACUAUGUUUCAUCCUCAAGGGUUCCUAUCUGCUGUGGUGUAAACUUUCCCUUUCCCUCCGUUUGAUCUGUGAAUGACAACUCAAUGGUUUUGAUCAGGGUUGGGGUCCAUUCGAAUUGAAGGUAGUCAAUUCAGGAAGUGAUUUGAAUUUGAACUUCAAAAAUGGAAACACUUUUAAAAUAAAUAGCUUUUACUUUUAAGUCUAUUGAGAAGUCAUUGAAAAUACUAGUACUCCUGAGUAGCGCAGUGGUCUAAGGCACUGCAUCGCAGUGCUAACUGUGCCACUAGAGAUCCUGGUUCGAAUCCAGGCUCUGUCGCAGCCGGCCGCGACUGGGAGACUCAUGGGCGGCGCACAAUUGGUCCAGGGUAGGGGAGGGAAUGGCCGGCAGGGAUGUAGCUCAGUUGAUAGAGCAUGGCGUUUGCAACGCCAGGGUUGUGGGUUCGAUUCCCACGGGGGGCCAGUAUAAAAAAUAUAUAUAUAUAUAUUCACUAACUGUAAGUCGCUCUGGAUAAGAGCGUCUGCUAAAUGACUAAAAUGUAAAUGUAAAAUAGAUAUCCUUAAAAAAGUUUUUAGUAAAAAAUCUGAAUUGACUGCUUUCAAUUCGAAUUGACCCCAACCCUGGUUUUGAUGACGAACCGUCAAGGGUUUUUAACUGCUAUGGUUUAAACUAUUCCCAUCAGGAGUGGAUCGGUUCAGUGAUGACAUUGAGGAGAUGAUUGGACAGAGGCCAAGCCUGUACUGGAGACUGUGCUGGAAGUUUGUCAGCCCAUGCUUCCUCCUGGUGAGUUCAUAAAGAGACAAACACUAGCAGACCUGGGUCAAACAUGUCAAAUACUUUUAGUUUACCUGGUGCAAUGGAACCAGUUAAAUAGUCCCGAAAGUGCAAACUCCAAGCUAAUUCAAGCACACCUCAUGCACACCAAGGUCUAAGCACUAACUACAUUGUUUUAUGGAACGGGGUUGCUAGUUUCAGUAGAGGCUGGUCCAUAACUGUCCUUGUGGUUUGAAACAGAAUGUGUCCCAACCCCAACCCUCUGUUUCUCCAGUUCAUGGUGGUGGUGAGCUUCGUGACCUUUAACCCUCCUAACUACGGGACAUACACGUUUCCCAUAUGGGCCAACAUGAUUGGCUGGUGCCUGGCUAUAUCCUCCAUGACCAUGGUGCCUCUCUAUGCCAUCUACAAGAUGUGCACCUUACCUGGAAAGUUCUGUGAUGUAAGUCUGAUUUACAGUGAGGGAAAAAAGUAUUUGAUCACCUGCUGAUUUUGUACAUUUUCCCACUGACAAAGACAUGAUCAGUCUAUAAUUUUAAUGGUAGGUUUAUUUGAACAGUGAGAGACAGAAUAACAACAAAGAAAUCCAGAAAAACGCAUGUCAAAAAUGUUAUAAAUUGAUUUGCAUUUUAAUGAAGGAAAUAAGUAUUUGACCCCUCUGCAAAACAUGACUUAGUACUUGGUGGCAAAACCCUUGUUGGCAAUCACAGAGGUCAGACGUUUGUUGUAGUUGGCCACCAGGUUUGCACACAUCUCAGGAGGGAUUUUCUUCCACUCCUCUUUGUAGAUCUUCUCCAAGUCAUUAAGGUUUUGAGGCUGACGUUUGGCAACUCGAACCUUCAGCUCCCUCCACAGAUUUUCUAUGGGAUUAAGGUCUGGAGACUGGCUAGGCCACUCCAGGAUCUUAAUGUGCUUCUUCUUGAGCCACUCCUUUGUUGCCUUGGCCGUGUGUUUUGGGUCAUUGUCAUGCUGGAAUACCCAUCCACGACCCAUUUUGAAUGCCCUGGCUGAGGGAAGGAGGUUCUCACCCAAGAUUUGACGGUACAUGGCCCCGUCCAUCGUCCCUUUGAUGCUGUGAAGUUGUCCUGUCCCCUUAGCAGAAAAACACCCCCAAAGCAUAAUGUUUCCACCUCCAUGUUUGACGGUGGGGAUGGUGUUCUUGGGGUCAUAGGCAGCAUUCCUCCUCCUCCAAACACGCCGAGUUGAGUUGAUGCCAAAGAGCUCGAUUUUGGUCUCAUCUGACCACAACACUUUCACCCAGUUCUCCUCUGAAUCAUUCAGACGUUCAUUGGCAAACUUCAGACGACCCUGUAUAUGUGCUUUCUUGAGCAGGGGGACCUUGCGGGCGCUGCGCAGGAUUUCAGUCCUUCACUGCGUAAUGUGUUACCAAUUGUUUUCUUGGUGACUAUGGUCCCAGCUGCCUUGAGAUCAUUGACAAGAUCCUCCCGUGUAGUUCUGGGCUGAUUCCUCACCAUUCUCAUGAUCAUUGCAACUCGACGAGGUGAGAUCUUGCAUGGAGCCCCAGGCCGAGGGAGAUUGACAGUUAUUUUGUCUUUCUUCCAUUUGUGAAUAAUCGCACCAACUGUUGUCACCUUCUCACCAAGCUGCUUGGCGAUGGUCUUGUAGCCCAUUCUAGCCUUGUGUAGGUCUACAAUCUUGUCCCUGACAUCCUUGGAGAGCUCUUUGGUCUUGGCCAUAGUGGAGAGUUUGGAAUCUGAUUGAUUGAUUGCUUCUGUGGACAGGUGUCUUUUAUACAGGUAACAAGCUGAGAUUAGGAGCACUCCCUUUAAGAGUGUGCUCCUAAUCUCAGCUCGUUACCUGUAUAAAAGACACCUGGGAGACAGAAAUCUUUCUGAUUGAGAGGGGGUCAAAUAGUUAUUUCCCUCAUUAAAAUGCAAAUCAAUUUAUAACAUUUCUGACAUGCGUUUUUCUGGAUUUUUUUGUUGUUAUUCUGUCUCUCACUGUUCAAAUAACCCUACCAUUAAAAUUAUAGACUGAUCAUUUCUUUGUCAGUGGGCAAACGUACAAAAUCAGCAGGUGAUCAAAAACUUUUUUCCCUUACUGUAUGUAAGUCUGGUUUAUACAAGUCUGAUUCAUAUAAGUCUGGUUUAUAUAAGUCUGAAUUUUAACAGAGCCAUCUACAAGAUGUGCACCUUACCUGGGAAGUCUAGUUUAUAUUGAUAUAUGAUACUAUGGUGAUUUAGCAGACACCUUUAACCAAAGUGAUGCACACUUUUAUCCACAUCAAUGCACAGAAAUGUCAACACUGACAAUGACACAUAUAUAUUCGGUACAUGAGCAAUAUGGUUUAUGAGCUACAACAUCACCAGCAAAUAUGAAUAUCCAGCUUGGUAAUUCACAAUGAUUCGUAUAAUGAAGAUACGUUAGUUUCUUUGGUAACUGAUUCCCGUCCUGUCUUCCUGUAGAGACUGGCCUACGCCAUAACACCUGAGCAUGAACACCACUUGGUGGAUAAUGGAGAAGUUAGGAGGUUUACGGUAAGCUGCUCUUCACUAUUUACUUGACGUUACUUAACCUCCCCUACUUACCAUACCUUACUUUACCCUACCUUACUUUACCUUACCAUACCUUACUUUACCAUACCUUACCCUACAUUACUUUACCUUACCUUACCUCGCCUACCUUACUUUACCUUGCCUUACCUUACCUUACCUUACCUUGCCUUACAUUGCCUUACUUUACCUUACCUUACCUUACAUUACUUUACCUUACCUUACCUUGCCUUACCUUACUUUACCAUACCUUACCUUGCCUUGCCUUUCCUUACCUUACUUUACCUUACCAUACAUUACCUUACCUUACCUUGCCUUACCUUACCUUACCCCACCUUACUUCACCUUACCUUGCCUUACCUUACCUUGCCUUACCUUACUUUACCUUACUUACCUUACCUUACCUUACCUUACCUUACCUUACCUUACCUUACCUUACCUUACCUUACCUUACCUUACCUUACCUUACCUUACCUUACCUUACUGUAUUUAUUGUCUUUCCCAUUGGUUUCCACCUUACCUUACUGUAUUUAUUGUCUUUCCAAUUGGUUUCCACCUUACCUUACUGUAUUUAUUGUCUUUCCCAUUGGUUUCUACCUUACCUUACUGUAUUUGUUGUCCUUUCCCAUUGGUUUCCACCUUACCUUACUGUAUUUAUUGUCUUUCCCAUUGGUUUCCACCUUACCUUACUGUAUUUAUUGUCUUUCCCAUUGGUUUCCACAGCUCCAACACUGGAUGGUGAUCUGAGCCCAGGAGGAAGGCAGAGAGGUCCGUUCACAUGGAG